GAUGAACUUACGGCAGUGAACGUAAAGCAAGGCUUCAGUAACCAGCCGGCCUUCUCCGGAGACGAGCACGGCUCUGCCAGGAACGUCGUCAUCAAUGCCUCAAAGAUUGGCGCUUACUUUAGCAGUAUAUUAGCAGAAAAGCUGAAGCUUAACACUUUCCAGGACACGGGGAAGAAGAAACCACAAGUAAAUGCCAAAGACAACUACUGGCUGGUGACUGCUCGAUCUCAGAGUGCAAUUCACAACUGGUUCACAGACCUAGCAGGAAGUAAACCGCUGACUCUUUUAGCAAAAAAGGUUCCUAUUCUCAGUAAAAAAGAAGAUGUUUUUGCUUACUUAGCAAAAUAUUCCGUGCCACUGCUGCGAGCGGCAUGGCUGAUCAAAAUGACAUGUGCCUACUACGCUGCUAUUUCUGAAGCUAAAAUCAAGAAACGCCAGGCCACUGACCCAAAUAUUGAAUGGACUCAAAUUAUCACCAGGUACCUUCGAGAGCAGCUGGCAAAGGUUGCGGAGUUUUAUCAUGUGACCUCCAGUCAAGGCAACAGCUCUGCAGUGAUGCCUCAAGAGAUGGAACAAGCCCUGAAGCAGUGGGAAUACAAUGAAAAAUUGUCAUUUUAUAUGUUUCAGGAAGGAAUGCUCGAGAGACAUGAGUAUUUGACAUGGAUACUGGAUGUUUUGGAAAAAAUCAGACCCACUGACGAUGAUCUUCUUAAGCUGUUGUUGCCACUAAUGCUGCAGUAUUCGGAAGAGUUUGUUCAGUCAGCUUACCUGUCCCGUCGCCUCGCUUAUUUUUGUGCCAGACGCCUGUCUCUACUGCUAAGCGAUGGUCCUCACCUCGUAGCUGCACACUCUCCCCAUAUGAUUAUGGGACCCAGUAACCCUCCUCUGGCAGCCCCCAGUCCGACCGCCCCUGGCGCCGUGGUGAGCCCGGUGCAGCUGGCCUGCUCGGAUUUCCUCUCCUGCCCUCAACACCGUCCACUGGUGUAUGGGCUUAGUUGUAUGCUGCAGACUGUAACUCUUUGUUGCCCAAGUGCCUUGGUGUGGAAUUAUUCCACAAAUGAAAAUAAGAACGUUAAUCCAGGCUCACCUCUGGAUUUACUUCAAGUUGCUCCAUCUAGUCUGCCUAUGCCAGGUGGAAAUUCAGCGUUUAAUCAGCAGGUUCGGGCAAAGAUUUAUGAAGUAGAACAGCAGAUAAAACAAAGAGGCCGUGCGGUGGAGGUGCGGUGGUCGUUUGACAAGUGCCAAGAAUCAACUGCAGGGGUGACCAUCAGCCGAGUUCUGCACACCUUGGAAGUGUUGGAUCGGCAUUGUUUCGACAGAUCGGAUUCCAGCAAUUCAAUGGAGACACUUUAUCAUAAGAUUUUCUGGGCAAAUCAGAAUAAAGAUAACCAAGAGGUGGCCCCCAACGACGAAGCCGUGGUGAUGCUGCUCUGCGAGUGGGCCGUGAGCUGCAAACGGUCCGGUAAGCACCGGGCCAUGGCUGUGGCCAAACUCCUGGAGAAGAGGCAAGCAGAAAUUGAAGCAGAAAGAUGUGGCGAAUCUGAAGUCCUAGAUGAAAAGGAAUCUCUGUCUUCAGCCUCCUUGGCAGGUUCCAGUCUUCCUGUUUUUCAGAAUGUCCUGCUGAGGUUUUUAGACACACAAGCUCCCUCGUUAUCUGACCCAAAUAGUGACCAUGAGAAGACAGAGUUUGUGAAUUUGGUGCUGCUUUUUUCUGAAUUCACUCGACACGAUGUUUUCUCCCAUGACGCGUACAUGUGCACUUUGAUAUCACGCGGAGACUUGUCAAUCACUGCAACUCCCAGACCACGUUCACCUAAUGGGGAAACUGUGGAUGAGCACUAUUCCAAGGAUCAUGAUGGGAAACUGGAGGAUCAUAGUAUUAUGGAGCAUAUGGGCAUUGACUCAGGAACCACUAGUAUUUUUGAUGAUGUAGACAAGAGUGACUUUAAGGCGGAUUUUGGUUCGGAAUUUCCAAUUUUUUCUCCGGCGCCUGGGGAAUCUUGUGAGAACGUGAGCUCUUCUUUAGACAGAAGAAUUUCCGUUACCAGCGAGAAGUCAGUCAAGAGGGAAAGACUGAGAGAACUGAUUUUUCCAUCCAAUUACGACCUGCUUCGCCAUUUGCAGUACGCCACGCAUUUCCCCAUCCCGCUGGAUGAAUCCUCAAGUCAUGAGUGUAACCAGCGCAUGAUUCUCCUUUAUGGCGUUGGUAAGGAGCGCGACGAAGCGAGGCAUCAGCUGAAGAAGAUUACCAAAGACAUCCUCAAAAUUCUGAACAAGAAGAGCACUACUGAAACGGGCGUUGGGGACGAAGGGCAAAAAGCCAGGAAGACCAAACAAGAGGCAUUUCCAACCCUAGAGACCGUGUUCACGAAACUACAGCAACUGUCCUAUUUUGAUCAACAUCAGGUGACAUCUCAGAUCUCCAGUAACGUUCUCGAACAGAUAACUAGUUUUGCCUCAGGAACAUCGUAUCAUCUUCCCUUGGCUCACCACAUACAGCUCAUCUUUGAUCUCAUGGAGCCAGCCCUGAAUAUCAAUGGACUUCUAGACUUUGCAAUACAGCUGCUGAACGAGCUGAGCGUGGUGGAGGCUGAGCUGCUGCUGGAGUCGUCCCGCCUGGGCGGGGGCUGCCUCAUCCUCAACUCCGAGCAAACCGCUCAAGUCUUCGAAGGGUUGUGCGGGGUGGUAAAGCACGUCGUUAAUCCCUCGGAGUGUUCCUCCCCAGAAAGGUGUAUUUUAGCUUACCUCUACGAUCUGUACGUGUCCUGCAGUCACCUGAGGAGCAAGUUUGGAGACCUCUUCAGUAGUGCCUGUUCUAAGGUGAAGCAGACGAUAUACAGCAAUGUUCAGCCUUCAAAUUCCAAUCUGCUGUGGGACCCGGAGUUCAUGCUGGAUUUUAUCGAGAAUCCAUCUGCUCACAGCAUUAACUACUCAAUGCUGGGCAAGAUCCUGAGCGAUAACGCCGCCAACCGCUACAGCUUUGUCUGCAAUGCGCUGAUGAACGUGUGCAUGGGGCACCAAGAUGCAGGAAGGAUUAACGACAUAGCAAACCUUUGCGCAGAGCUGACGGCAUGCUGCACGGUGCUCAGCUCCGAGUGGUUAGGGGUCGUGAAAGCUCUUUGCUGCUCUUCAAAUCAUGUCUGGGGUUUCAAUGAUCUGCUCUGCAGUGUGGAUGUGAGCGACCUGUCGUUCCACGAUUCCCUGGCCACUUUCAUUGCGAUACUGAUUGCCCGGCAGUGCUUUUCUCUGGAAGAUGUAGUCCAGCAUGUUGCACUGCCUUCUCUUCUUGCAGCUGCCUGUGGAGAUCCGGAUGCCGAGCCUGGGGCGAGGAUGACCUGUCGGCUUCUCCUGCACCUCUUCAGGACACCCCAGGUCUGCCUGUUUCCCCAGGGAACAGAGAAGUUAUUUCCUGGAAUUCGUUCUUCUUGUGAUCGUCACCUCUUGGCUGCUGCUCACAACAGUAUAGAAGUGGGAGCUGUGUUUGCAGUCUUAAAAGCAAUUUUGAUGCUUG